UUUAUUUAUUUCUUGCAGGUUGAAGAUAACCGAAAAUAAAACCAAAAUAUUAACUUUCACUUUCGCAUUCUGUUACGAUGCGUUGCGAUGGACGGCCAUCAGCGCUGAUGUCUGGUGAUGGACGAGGUUGCACCGGAGGCAGACGUCGUCACAGUGGUAGCUGAAGUGCGCUCGCAGCUGGUGGAGGUCUUGCUGCGAAAUGCGGACCACAGACUUGAGCCUUUGUUCCAGCUGGCGGGACCUGAAGCUUGCGAACGUUUUUGCGGCACUACGGACAGGAGAGAGCGCAUUUCUCAGUUGGUGGAUCAUUUCACGAGCAGGCAGCAGGCGUGUGCCCGGUUCGUGCACACUGCAUCGAUGCUGUGCGACCUGCCCCUGGACUUGGAGUUCCGGCUGCUUUCUGCAGCUGGUUACCAUGCAGAUGAGACUGAAGACCAUGCUGAUCCAGAGUGCAUCAUCGACCAACCAGACGAGCACAUUCCCCGGUACCCUGGUAAACGGCUUAGAAGAGACUAUGUGGGAAGCUACAGCACUGCAGUGAAGACCACGCUGCUACAGAAGUACGAGAGGGUGACCCGGGGUGUGGCCAGGGAGGUACGGCUGGACAGAGCGAGGGUCAGCCUGCAGCAUAGGCUGUCUAGGCAGAGGGAGAGGACACCGUCUCAGACUCAGGACAGUGAGGACAGGAUGGGGGAUGUGGUGACGGUGCAGUCCCUCCUUAGCUCCCUUUCCAAGUUUCCCUUGACUGUGCUGCUGGGUCCGGCCGGGUCGGGGAAGACUGUGCUGAUGCAUUGUGUGGGCCAGAGAUGGGCCCGUGGGGAACUCCCAGACUUCCACUUGCUCUUCCUUUUGGAGUUCCGUCAGCUCAACCUGGUAACGCGGACGCUGUCUCUGAUGGAUCUGCUCUUCCACUUCUUCCCACGGUCGGAUGAGUCCAGCCACACCCACAGGGAGGAUGAGGCCAGCGAGGCUGUGCUGGCCUACAUGCAGGCUAACCCGGAGAAGGUCUGUAUGAUCUUUGAUGGUUACGACGAGUUUAGGUCAAAGUUCACCCACUGGAAGUCGGAUGCCAGUUGGGACCCCUGGCGCACACUGUCGGUCCUGGAGCUUUUCUCUGGGCUGUGCAGCGGCAGGAUCCUCCCUGGCUGCUCCGUGUUGGUGACCUGCAGGCCCCGGAACACAGUGGACCUUCCAGAGAGUGCCGUGGAGGGCGAGCUACUGGGGUUUGACCGGCAGCAGGUCAAGGAGUACGCCGAGCAGUACUUCCAGGGCAAAGGUCACAAAGAGAACUUGGUGCAGCACCUGUUGGCCAGUCGACACAUCCUCACUAUGUGCUACGUGCCAGCGCUCUGCCACCUCUGCUGCGUCUGCCUUGAUCACCUCUUCUCCCAGGGGCACCACUCUACCCCCCUGCUGCCUGCCACCGUCACUCAGGUCUACCAGCAGAUCCUCACUGCCUUCCUCAGCAAGGUGUCAGGUGGUGGCCCUGCGAGUGAAGCCGCUCUCCCGGUACAGAGGUAUCAGGCGGAGCUAAACCAGGUGUGCCAGCUAGCCAUGGAGGGUCUGGACGUCAGUAGGAUUGUGUUUUCCACCAAGAGCAUCCCGCCACGCCUGCUGGACUUUGCGAUUAAGGCGGGGCUCCUGUACCAGCUUGACCUGACGCACGAUGACGGGUCCCGGGGGGUGGGGUACGCGUUCUCCCACCUGGCCAUGCAGGAGUUCCUGGGCGCGUUGCACCUGAUGACCAGCCCGAGCGUGGGGGAGCCUGAGCUCCGGCGCAAACUCAACCUGAAGUCGCGCUGGGCGGCGCGCUCCGAUCCCAAAACCGUCUUUACCGACACCCUCCACCAGUAUGUGUGCGGGCUGGCGGCGCCCGCCUGCGCCCCUUUCCUGCUCCAGCUGACCGGGGGCGGGGCUGCGGCCAAGGGGCGGGUGGGGAGGCGGCAGGGCGCGGUGCUGAAGAUCCUCCAGAGCUUCGCGGGGACCCCUCACCUGACGGGGCCCAAGCUGGUGGAGCUGUGUUGCUGCACCCUGGAGACGCAGGACGUCUCCCUGGCCAGGGCGGUGGCGGGCCGGCCCAGGUUUGAGCUGCGUAACAUCCACCUGGCGCCCCCUGACAUGGACGCCCUGGCCUUCGUGGUGUCAGCCGCCGAGGCGCCCGUGGGCCUGGACUUUGCCGGCUGCUCCAUGGAGACCGAGUGCCUGCAGGCCUUGCCCGGCUGCCGGAACAUCAGCUACCUCACUUUUCGUAGCAGGAAGUAUGGUGAUGCGUUUGCAGAAAUACUUACUGGCAUCAUUCCAAGACUACCUACCCUGAGAAGGCUUGAAUUGAUCUGCGGAAGUCUGACGGCGGUUGGAGCUGCAAAAUUGGCCAAAGCUCUGGAGAGCUGCCCAAAGAUCACUGAACUCAACCUCAGCGAUAAUCAUCUCAAAGACCAAGGCCUCAGGAAAGUGGCGGAGAUGUUCCCCAAGCUAAAAUCCCUUCACUCCAUCUUACUGGGGAAGAACAGUUGCAGUCUGGAUGGAAUCCUCACUCUCCUUGAGAAAAUGGCACCGUGUCCCAAUAUUCAGGCCAUACACACUGAUGGCCAGAAGGACUUUUGUGAAAUCAAAGUGUUAUUCUCUCAGAGAUUAGAGUUGCUAAGCACUCAGCAAGAUGGUUUGAAUCCUACUGGACGCACUGUCAGGAUUCUGAACUGCAGCUUCACGGCUAAAAAGAUGAAGGAGCUUUGUCAGAUCCUGACAGGAUGUCCUGGCCUCUCUGCCAUUGAGUUGCAUGGGAGCACGUUCUCGCUGGAUGGUUUAGAGAUCCUGAUGAAGUCUCUGGCUGUCUGUCCGGAAGUGAACGAGGUGGACGUCAGGCUUCAGGAGCCAACACAGAUAUCGGUUCUGUACUCGCCAGAGACUCAGAGACACAGUCCUGGUGAGGCGACAGUUAAGAAAAUUGAAAAAAGACUUCGCCUUGUCUCCUGUGGUCUCCACCCUCGUGACCUGACCAAGUUGUGUGAGACCCUGAAGGACUGCACAACAGCUGCACUAACUCUGUUGGAUGUGUCCGAUAAUGCACUGGGGGACCAGGGACUGAAGACCCUAGUAGAGCUCCUGCCUCAACUGAGCGUGAUCCAGGAAAUAAACGUCAGUGAGAAUGCAGUGACCAUGGAGGGGGUGCUGGUCCUGGCUGCCAUCCUCUGUACGGAUAAAAGAUUACAUAAGGUGGAGGUUAGUCAUGGAGGUAAGAAGAGUGUGGUGAUGAUGUUUCACUCCAGUGAAAGGAGACAGUCUGGGGAAUGGCAAGAGGUCAGAAACUCCCAGCAGAAUGGAAUUCACCUGUGUAAAUCAUUCAGCCUCACCCACAGCGAUGUUCAGCCUUCCAGAAUCAACCGACUCUGUGGGAAGUUGUCGCCGUGUCCAGGACAGCUGGUGCUGAAUUUCUCCCACAGUUCAUUGAGUGAUGCCUCCAUUGAGAAGCUUCUCCAGCGACUGCCUCGCAUGGCUGCCCUGCAGCUUCUGGAAUUAAACCAUGUCCAGAUGUCUACAGAGGGUGCCUUGCUAUUGGUCAGUUCACUGAUUAACUGCCAACGUGUCAAAGCAGUGGAACUCCGGUCGCAGGGAGAAGCCUGCAUCAAGUUUCUCCAAAUAAAAGCAGAACAAGUGGCAUGCAAGCUUACCCAGUACCAGCUGACGUGUGGGAACGUGGAGAAACUGUCCGGGAUCCUGCAGCAGUGCCCCAGAAUAUCAGACCUGGAUCUCUCCGGUAACCUGCUGAGGGAUGAAGGGGUGCAGUGUUUUGUGGAGUUCCUGCCUAAGCUCCGGAUCUCCAACUCUGUGAAGCUGAAUGACAACAGGCUGACCCAGACUGGGGCUCUCUGCUUGGUGAACUCCAUAGCCGUGUGCAAGCGCAUCAUGGCAGUGGAAGUGAGCCUAGGGAUGGAGAUGAAGUCUCUCAUUCGGUUCAUACAGGACAGCAACAGUGGCAAAGCACUCAGUCUCCGAGAGUGUUGCUUUGGAACUGCUCACCUUCAGAAGUUGGCUGAUAUACUCAAAAACUGCCCCCGUCUGGACAGAUUGGAGUUGUGCUGUAACACUCUGCAGAAUGAUGGGGUCCAGAUUCUGCAGAGAGCCCUGAGCAGACUUCCCUCUCUGCAGCUACUGGGGAUUAAGAACAAUGGGCUGAGUGCCCAGGUGAUCGAGGAACUGCUGAAGGAACUGGGCUGCCAUACCAACCGUUUGGAAAUCAGAAUCGAGGAGCCCUGGAUCAAAGAGGAAGCAGCAGUUCAGCUGGUAUCUGGCUGCCUGAACCUGAACUCCAGUAUCAGAAAGAUCAGAGUCUAUAAAACAACUGUCAGUAUCACACUGGAAAAGGAGGACACCAUGACGACCCCUCUCACUUCCCGAGAUGACUCCAUGAAGGCAACUUCAACUGUGUCUCUUGUGGAAUCCAUUGGCCUGGUGGACUGUGAUCUGCAAGGUCAUCACCUCCAGUUUCUACUCACCAUCAGCCAUAACUGCCCCAUGCUGCAGGAGCUGGAUUUGUCCCACAAUAGCAUCAGCAGGGAAGGGGCGGAGUUUCUUUCGUCCGCCCUCCCUCGAUUGGCCAAUCUCAGGACACUCAGGUUAGGGUCCAAACAGACCUCUGAGGAUGGAGUAGAGAUUAUCACACAGAGCAUGUCCUACUGUCACAAAAUGGAGAGUCUGAGCUUGGCUCAUCACGUGAUCAAUGACAGUGGUGCCACUGCUCUGAAGAGGACGCUGCCCCAACUUCAAAACCUCAGAGCCAUCGAUUUGUCCUACUGCUCUGUCCUCACAAUGGAGGGAUCUCAUGACCUGCUCCAGGGACUGGGCCAGUGUGCCUCCCUAGAGGACCUCAGCCUGGACUCCAUUGUACUGGAUGCAAAGGGGAUAGAUCUCCUAGCUGCUGGACUCCAGCACAAGGCUUCCAUCAGAAGAUUGAUUUUGAAUAGGAUCACCACGACGACAGACAGCUCAGAUGAAGUUGGCGGGGCAAUGGUUCUGCUGAGGUCGCUGGAGGGGUUCCUGAGGAUGGAGGAGAUUGAACUGGACAAGAUUUGGAUGGGGGACCACGGGGUCCAGGAGCUGGUCAGACACCUCCGGACUUGGCAGAGCCUCAGGAGGAUCAGCCUGUCGAAGAACCUUGUCAGUGAUGCAGGAGGAGAGCUGCUUGUGGAGACCCUGGGCCGCUGUACCACCCUGGAGGAAAUCAUUCUUUCCGGAAACAGCCUUGGGGUUCUGAGUGCAGCCAAACUGGGCCAAGUUCUCCCUGUCCUUCCCCAGCUCAGAGUUCUGGAUCUAUCAGAGAACCACUUUGGGACAGAAGGAGCUAUGAAACUAUCGGAGUCUCUGGGCCAGAUGAAAUCUUUACAGAAACUCAAGCUGAUCUCCAUUGGGACCCAAGAGCUGACCGGAUUGGCUGCCUCGCUGAGACACUGCGUCUGCGCAGAGGAAGUCAGUCUGGCCUGGAACGGCUGUGAUGACUCUGUGGCCUUGAAGUUAGCGGAGGUCCUGCCUCAGUGUCAGAAGCUGAAAUGUCUGGAUUUGGAGAGCAAUAAGAUCAGCUCAACGGGAGCAGAAGAGCUGGCUAAAAGCUUACGAUCCUGCCCAUCUGUUGAAGUUAUCAGACUCUGGAGAAACCGCGUAAGCAGUGAAGCUGCUGAACGUCUGGGGGCCAAGGAGCCCAGGUUGAACUUCUCCUCCACCUAGGCUGCCAUCCUAAGACCCGCACAAAGAACAAGCUCAUUAACACCAUUAACGUUGUGGGCCAGGCUACGACUAGAUCAGCUGCUGUGUAUUUUACACGCUUGUGGGGGGUUUUUUCGCACUCUGUAAGUGAAGCACUAAUGGCCAGAGUUUGCGAAUUGGAAGGACGGAGCGGUCCACUAGCGCUCUGUUCCAGGGAGGCGGCCUCAUGAGGACGAGCAGUGACAAGAAGGCAAACCAGUGGGCCGCUGUAACUCCCGUUUUAUCGCUGACAUGCCAAAGUCACUUCCCUUUGGCGGUCCAAUAGGACCUUGCUCACUGUGGAAGAUACGUAAGAUUAGUUUGUAAGGUAGUUCGUAGUUAGUAAAAUACGUUCCAUUUCGUUUGCUUGUAACAAGGGAACGUGGGGAACAUUUACUUGUAACAAGAGAAAAUGCCCUACAAAUGUGAAUAAAAAAAAUAAAAAAUUGAAUAAAUAAAAAAUAUAAAAUAAAAAUAUAACUUCCAAAACAGUCAGCAACACUGUUCACAUGCAAACACAUCUGCUUUCCUUGCUCUUUAAAUUAUUUUCAAUCUCACUCUCCAACGUUCAGCAUAUCUUCUCUCUGUCAUGUAAUGAUGGGAGAUUAAGGUUUUGUUUUGAUGUUAAAAACACAGUUGAAUUCUAUGUAGUCAUUUUCUUGGGAUAAAAAAAUCCAUCAAAUACAUUAAAAUUGCAAUGCUGGAAAUGGUAGCUGCCUGAAGAAGCCUCAUCUACCACGAUGCAUAAGGACUAAGUAUGCCCCUUUUAAGUGACAGUACUUUUGUCACUUGAAGCCACAAUCCAUUUCUCUGACUUCUUGCUUUGCGGUUCCAUUCUGAGCAUAUUUUUUUUGUUCUUUUUGAUUUCAUAUAUGUAUUAUUUGUGCAAACACUCCAGAAUCAUCUGGACUGUUGCAUGCUAUCUGGAAUUGAAUGUGCCAAUUGCAGUGAGAUAAUACAUUUCAGUGAAUGUUGCUUGACACUUUGUGUGGUUUGUUUUUUUCCAAUUGUACAUGGUCAUUGUGAGUUGUGUGGUUAUUUGUUUGACUGAUAAAUAUUACUUCUAUUUUACAAAA